AUGUCACCUGGAGCUAGUGGCGCGCGGCGUGGAAUGCGAGUUGCGACCCCGGAUCCCGGAGGUGGCGCGCGCCGGCCCUGGCGCCGCACGGGACGCGAGGGCUGGACCGGCGGUGAGGUGGGAGUAAAGGUUGGAUUUUAAGGCGGGGGCGGCUCCCGGAGACACGCGCUCAGGUUGGAGGGUGGGGUGAAUGCCGGGUCGGCGAGUGCACCUUGUUCUGCACCCCUGCGCCCACCUCGGGAACUGCACGCGGCACCCCCACCUCCCACGCUGAUGAUAGUACGGCCUGCAGGGCUCCCCUGGCGAACGAAGCUUAUGGUUCGCUCCACCCCGCCCACACAGAGGCCGCCCACCGGCUCUGCAGCUUCUCCGGACUCCUCUGUCAGAUCAACUACAGAAGGGGCUUGGCCUUCGCCCUCGGUCUGUCUUUAAGGGCAGGGGGCGUUGUCUUCGGUUAUGACCCCGCACUCGGACCCAGACAGGGCCCCAGCCUCCGCCUUGGACUUAGGCCUAGGAAGCCGGCCAGCCUCCGCCUUCAGACCUUGGGGGAAAGUCUCCACCUCUGCUCUCAGACUCUGAAAAGGGUUUCUUCCGGACCUGCUCUAGACUUCAGCUUCUCUCCCUCCCCCACAUCCCAAGACACUCUAACCCCAGGAUGCAGGACAGACACACAGACACUCAGUGAGGGUCAAAGAUCUUUAAAUAAGGAGCCGGUGACAAUAAAUACUGUACAGGGGAGGGGGCGGGGUGAGGGUCCAGAUACUGUAGUUUCAGCCUCGAGACUCCAAGGACCUGCAAAGAGGGUGAAGAGAUGGGAGCCAAGCUCAGGGGAGGGGACCUGGGGAGGCUUGGGAGAGAACCAGGACUGGGGUUCCAGAGUCAGGGGCCCAGGGAAGCAGACUGAGGGAUUCCAGAGAGUAGGCUGCAGAUGUUGGGAUGACAGUGAGCUGGGAGUCCCCAAAGGAUGUAGCCAGAACGGCUUGUGAGAGCCUGGGUCGGGGUCAAGGGUCAGAACCCCAGGGAGAGGAGCCAGGACUGGGGGUAGCCAGGAAGGUCCCAGAAAUCACUGGCCUGGUUUGGGACUCGGGAUAAAGGAGGCAACGGAGGCCCCAGGGGUGUGGUGGCAAAGGGCUCACGAGUAGCUCUGAUGCUGCUGGCGCCGGCGGGCAGAGCGCAUCUUCUCGAAGCGGGCCUCCAUCUCCUCCAGCACACGAGGUGUGUAACGCACCACCAGCUUCACCGAGCCCUGGGCUGCCUUCAGCAGCUCCACUGCCUUCUCGUGCUGCUCACCCUCAACGCUCUGCAGGGCAGUGCACAGACACCUGCGCCUGGGGCCUACCACCCACACCCAGCCCCACCCGUGGAAAUGGGACCUACCGGUGGUGGGCCUGGUACCAGCCUGAGAUGUCAAGGCCUCGAGGCUUCAGGGGAGAGUCAUUAAUUCUUGGCUCAGGGCCCUCCCUCAAAAACUUCCAAGGUUUUCAUGUCGGGGACAAGCCCUAUCUGCCCUCGCUCACUAAGCUAGACCUCCAGGUCCAUCUUUAUCCCCUCUGUCCCCGAAGCCUGCUAAUCUCCAGCUCCCUCCCUCUUGCUGACUCCCUCCUUUUUGUCCCCACCACCCUGGCCCCAGCUCAGGCCUCAUCCUCUCCCCAGUGGACUUUCACCUAGCCUCCUCCCUAGAAUUUUUGGCCUCCAGUCUCUACCUUCAGUCCAUCCCCUAUAAAGUCCCAAAGGGAUCCUUCUACACCUCCAAGCUGAGCCUAUCCAUCUCCUCUUCCCAGCCUUCCCAUGGCUCCCCAGAACCCUUUAGACAAAGUCCCAGCUUCUCAGGCUGGUACUCAGGCCCUGUGUAGCCGGCCCCCACUACCGAUCCAGCUGUGCUGCCAUCUAUUUCUAACCGCAGUGAUUUUAAGUAACUAUGUGCUCCAGUCCUCCACUAGACCUAAGCCCUUUCUGUUCAGCUCAGAGGAGUGUAGAGUCACAGCCCCUACCUACAACACCCUUAGCUGCUAAUAGUCUUCUCUACUUUAUUUGCCUGGAGAACUCCUUCUCGUCCUUCAAAACCCAACUCAAAUGUUCCUUUCUCUGCAAAAACUUCCCUCAUCUACACCACAGACCAUAUUCGGGCUCUCGCGGUGCUUUGUGCUUCCUCAUUAUUAUCUCCCCAGAUUAGGACUAUUCCAGUCACUCUCCCUCACCAAGAAGGGAGUCCUUGAAUAUAGGAGCUGAGGCAAACUUCUCUCAGGGUCUGUAGCAGUGCCCAGCACGCAGUACUCUAUCGUUGCUUGUUGAAUGAAUGUCAAAAGCAGGGACUGUGCUACCUUGAACAGACUGUGAGCCCAGCCUCAGUCCCCACUCACCACACCAUUCACUGAGAGCAGCUGGUCCCCACGCUUGAGGCCUCCAUGGCGGUCAGCCACACCUCCAGGGAUGACACGGGAGAUGUAGAUGGGGGAGUUCUGCUCCUUGCCCCCCAUGAUGUUGAAGCCCAGGCCCUCAUCUGUCUUGGGCAGCUCCACUACCCUGGGAUGUGCGUGGCCCUCACUGGCUGUGAAGGCAGCCACUGUGGCCUGGGAGAGAGAAAGCACUGGGAGGUGAGGGCCGCUCCAUGGUGGGCAGGCAGAUGAGCGGGGAGGAUCUGGGCCAGGGAGAGCAAUUUGGGCCAGAUCACUUUCCCCGCGCAGGGGACACCUGCCACAGUUCAGCACAAGCUUGCAUUGUAAUGAGUCUCUCUUAAUUCACUCUGGAUGCUUCAGACAUGUCAAAGGGAAUGUCUCCACCUGGUGUGAGUGUGUCUUAAAUAGUCAACGCUUGCCAAUCUCGAUUUUUAAUAGAGAAAAACAAGGCCUGGAAGGAGCUGAGAGCCUCCAGGAAGCAGCAAGAAACAGCAUACAACUAUAGUUUAAUAAGAUUUCAGUGUUUCAUGCUAUUUCAUUGUAUAGGUGUUAAAAGGUUUCUUCUUCUUCUUCUUCUUCUUUUUUUUUUUUUAAGAUUU